GGGGCCGCCAGACUAGCAGGCAAAGCUAGAGGUACCUUGAUGGAUGCAGCUCUCGUUGUGAUGGGAGAUAUAAAUCAUGGACAUUUCCCGUCUUGUCCUCAUCUACUACAUCACCACUCUUCACUCAACAACAGACACUCUACUAUAAAGACGUUCCUCUCGUCUUUCAUCCAUCCACUAUAACACCAAACUUUUCUAUCACAUAAACAAAACAACCGACAAAAUGGUCAAGGUUCUUGCUGUUCUCUACGACGGUGGCAAGCACGGCGAGGAGGUUCCCGAGCUUCUCGGAACCAUCCAGAACGAGCUUGGUCUCCGCAAGUGGCUCGAGGAUCAGGGCCACACCCUCGUCACCACCUGCGACAAGGACGGCGAGAACUCUACCUUUGACAAGGAGCUCGAGGAUGCCGAGAUCAUCAUCACCACUCCCUUCCACCCCGGCUACCUCACUGCUGAGCGUCUCGCCCGCGCCAAGAAGCUCAAGCUUGCUGUCACUGCCGGUAUCGGUUCCGACCACGUCGACCUCAAUGCCGCCAACAAGACCAACGGCGGUAUCACCGUCGCCGAGGUUACCGGCUCCAACGUCGUCUCCGUUGCUGAGCACGUUCUCAUGACCAUCCUCGUCCUCGUCCGCAACUUCGUUCCCGCCCACGAGCAGAUCCAGGAGGGCCGCUGGGACGUCGCCGAGGCCGCCAAGAACGAGUUCGAUCUCGAGGGCAAGGUUGUCGGUACCGUCGGUGUCGGCCGUAUCGGUGAGCGUGUCCUCCGCCGUCUCAAGCCCUUCGACUGCAAGGAGCUCCUCUACUACGACUACCAGCCCCUUUCCGCCGAGAAGGAGGCUGAGAUCGGCUGCCGCCGCGUCGCCGACCUCGAGGAGAUGCUCGCCCAGUGCGACGUCGUCACCAUCAACUGCCCCCUUCACGAGAAGACCCAGGGUCUCUUCAACAAGGAGCUCAUCUCCAAGAUGAAGAAGGGCUCGUGGCUCGUCAACACUGCCCGUGGCGCCAUCGUCGUCAAGGAGGACGUCGCCGAGGCCCUCAAGUCCGGCCACCUCCGCGGCUACGGCGGUGACGUCUGGUUCCCCCAGCCCGCCCCUCAGGACCACCCCCUCCGCUACGCCAAGAACCCCUUCGGCGGCGGCAACGCCAUGGUCCCCCACAUGUCCGGCACCUCGCUCGACGCCCAGAAGCGUUACGCUGCUGGCACCAAGGCCAUCAUCGAGAGCUACCUCUCCGGCAAGCACGACUACAGGCCUGAGGACCUCAUCGUCUACGGCGGUGACUACGCCACCAAGUCUUAUGGUGAGCGCGAGCGCGCCAAGGCUGCUGCUGCUGCUGCCAAGUCUGCUUAAGGAGGGCAUCAGCAAGCAGCAAGCACUUCUUUUUUUUUUCUUUUGCAUUUUUGCAUGAUUAAAUAGCGAUUUUUGGGGGCUUUCUUUUGGGAUAUAUAUCUGGUUUUGGGUAUGAAGCAAUAAAGAUCGUGGAAUAUCAAUGAUCAUGACCUGACCUAACAAUAAUCGUUCCCAUUGUGAUG